GCUACGUCAUAAUAGGCAGAGAUAUUGUCUUUUCAGCGAGUCUCCUAUUGUUGUUGGACCUUCCACGCUAUGUAGCCGAGUCCAAGAAGGAAGGCGCCUCCAUGGCAGUGCCAAGAGAGGUGCCUGCCUUGAUGCACAGGUAAACCCCGUUUCAAUAUUUCCGAGUGUUUCUGAAAUCACAUUUUAUCCCCUGCAUCAACAACCUCACCGUUUCUAACCUCCCCCGAUAACCUUACACCUCAGGUGCUCAUUGUCAAGAUGAGAUCGCUUCACUUUAUCUUCAUUCUCCUCGCCAUCAUCACAUGCCCUGCUAUUGCGGCCGUGGCUGCCAAUGAGGUUGCUCAGGCACACUGGGAUAUUUCAACUUCACUCAACGGCUUCUCCUUUGAACGAGCCAAGCCUAUCUCUGCCAAGACUAUUGACCGCACCGGUGUUCGAAUGUCACGACUCAAGAGCCUCAAGCACAAGACUGACUCCUAUCCGAGAUCUGCUCUCUCCCAUCUCACACGAACUCAUUUCGCAACAGCCGGAAAGGGUACCGUCCCUCACCAAAACAUUUCUGCUGUCGGGAGCUUCUCCACUGCGUAUGCCAUUCAGUGCACCUGGGACGACGCCCCCGUUUGGCUCAUCUUCGACACUGGAAGCUCUGAUACUUGGGCCGCCAAGACUGGAUUCACCUGUGAGGAUGCAUCCGGUAACGUGAGGAAAGCCCAAUCUCCAUGCAGUUUCGGUCAACCUCAUAUCAAGAGCUUCCUUCACGAUAUCUCUGAAGUCUACUUUCAUCGCCGUUAUGGUUCUGGAGAGGAUGUAUCAGGGCCCAUGGGAGUCUCUGAUAUCGCUUGCGGUGGCAUUUUGGUCCCCAAACAGCAAGUUGGCUUGGCCAGUAGAGCCUAUUGGCGUGGCGACAACACCACUGUUGGUAUUCUAGGCCUUGCCUAUCCGUCUCUAACAAGCGCCUAUCUCGGUGACCCUAACGACACAUCCGAUGAAUCUGAAUGGAACAAUUACCCUUACUCGCCUUGGUUCACCACAGCUAUCUCAAAGGGCGUGGUCGAUCCUGUCUUCAGCGUCUCUAUCGAAAGAAACACCAGUGAUGGUGUCCUGGCCUGGGGUGGCCUUCCUCCUAUGCCAUGGGGACCCAAGUCAUUCGCAGCAACAGAUCUCGUCAUUGUCAUUGAGCGAGAGAAGACUGGCUGGGAACCCUCUUUCUACACCAUCAUUCCUGAUGGCUUACAAUGGGGAAGCACAACAGACACGGCAAAAUACCCCUACAUCGUUGACACUGGGACCACAAUGAUGCAUAUUCCUCCUCCCCUAAAAGCACUGACUGAAGCCAUCGCCAAAGCCUUCCAACCCCCAGCCACAUGGAUGUUUGAGUGGAGUGCCUACUUUGUCGAUUGCAAUGCCAUCCCUCCUCAUUUUGCGGUCAUCAUCAAAGGGGUCCGGUUCUGGAUCAACCCAGCUGAUCUGAUCUAUCAAGAUUUCACCGAACCGGUGACUGGAAAAUGUGCAAUUGCAAUUUCGACGGGAGGAUCUGGGCCAUAUAUUUUGGGAGACCUGUUCUUACAGAACGUUGUGGCUGUCUUCGAUGUGGGUGGCGCAGAGAUGCGCUUCUACUCCAAAUAGCUGUCCGUGUCUAGGAAGCCUGUCACCUAAGAAGCAAAUAAGGGGUGUAGCCCUGUAGAGGCAGAAUGUCAAAGGUGUAAAAUAUACUGGUUGAAGCAGAAA